AGCGCAGACACCGGAGCAGCUUGUUGACUGUAAUGUUUGGGAGGUCAGUCAGUUAAACGCCGUGAAGUUGCCAAAAUAAGGAAGAGAAGUGAAGACGCGAUUUCUCUUUCAUGACCCUGAGAUUUACAGUUCUAGGAAAUUGUCAGUUCUGCUUUCACACAGACGCUACGGACGCGAGAGACGGCUUGGAGAAGCCGUGAACCCUUAGAGACGUCGUCUGCCGCUCGAGGAUGAUGAGGAUUUACAGGGUACGGAAAAAAUGUCCUCCGUGAACGGGCUCUGGUGACAUCAGAGUAAGUGCUGUGACAUCACAGGCUGCGAGGACUAUUCUCUCCGUGUUAUGAUGAAUCCCGAGUACGACAAUGGUAGCUGCACCCCGGAGCACAGCCUGGACCAGUACCUGUUCCCCACCACCUACAUCCUGGUGUUCGUGCUGAGUGUCCCGGCCAACCUCGUGGCCCUGUACGUGUCCUACCAGCAGGUGAUGAAGAAGAACGAGCUGGGCAUCUACCUCUUCAACCUGUCCUGCUCCGACCUCUUCUACGCCCUCACCUUCCCCCUGUGGAUCGACUUCACCCUGCACCACGAUAACUGGAGGUUCGGGGAGCGACUCUGCUCGCUGAGCGCCUACAGCCUCCACACCAACCUGUACUGCAGCGCCGGCUUCCUCACCUGCAUAUCCCUUGACAGGUACCUGGCCGUGGUCUACCCCCUGAGGUUUCAGCAUCUCCGGACGAGGAGGAUGGCGACCUGUAUCAGCCUGCUGGUGUGGGCCGUGCAGAGCGCGUCCAACACCGUCAUCCUGGUGAAGGAGGAGACCGCCAAUCACACCCGAGACCUCUUCUGCUACGACAUCUUCCCCAUGGAGGAAUGGAAGGCGCAAUUCAGCAUUUUCAACGUCGGCAUCGGCCAUUUUCUUCCGCUGGUGAUCAUGAUCUUCUGCUACUACAGGAUCUACGUGGCGGUGCAGCAGAACCAGGCCACGGGCGACAAGGACAAGCAGAAGAUCAAGCAGCUGCUGCUGAUGAUCGUGGUCAUGUUCACACUCAGCUUCACUCCCUACCAUGUGGUGCUGUUCAUGCGCAGUAUAUGGGAGCCAAACAAUUGCGACUUCGCCCAAACGAUAUUCGUCCCCUACAAACUGACCCUCGCCUUAUCGAGCAUCAACUGCCUGGCCGACCCCCUGCUCUACUCCUUCAUGAACGAAGCCGGCCGGGCCGACCUGAGGACGCUGAUGCUAUGCUGCCAAGCAGACACCAGGUCUGCAGCCAGCUCCGAGCUGCAGAUGUGCACCGUGUCCGAGAGGUUCAAAAAGAGCAGAGAGUAUGGCGGCAGCACGCAGAUCUAGAAAUGCCGUGUGCGCUUAUUUUUCUAUUAAAACUGUAACAGUG